GUUGGCAACCGCAGUUAGGCUUUGGUUGUGUUUUAAGAGAAACGCUACUACCAGUAUUUUGAGCAUUAAGUCCCAUUAUUCGUCUCUGUCACUCAUGGGAAAGGAAAGGAUGGUCCAUUCUAUUGCACGAACCACACAUGGGCACUUGUCGUGCUAUAACAAUAUAUAAUAAUAAAAAUAUCUGUACUCCUCACAUGCUGUGUAUUUGCACAGUUUCAUGACUAGUUUUUUGCGCAAACAUGAAAUCCAUCGUCAGUGUUUGACAUUAAAUAUUAUUAUCGUAAUGCAGCGGCCAUUUUAUAUUAUGUCGCCGCGGCCUCGCUGGCGGGUAACCGCGGCGGGUAACGCGGAACGAGGCGGCGGGGCGACGCGUCCGCUCGGCGGCGGUUCCCGCGCAUUUAUUACGCAACAGCGGUUCAAUGGGGGCCAACAUAUCUGCUGCAAUGGAUUUCGAUACGGAGAAAUUCAUAGAGGAAAUAAAGAAUAGACCUGUCCUUUGGGAUUUUAACAAUAUACAUUACUUCAAUAAAGAACUGAAAAUACAGAAAUGGGCUGAGCUGGUGAAGAUAUUUGGAAACGAAAAUAUGACUAUUGAGGACAGUGUGAAAUGCCGCAAUAUUUUACAAAAGAAAUGGAAGAAUAUACGGGAUCAGUAUAUAAAAGAUUUAAAAUUAUUGGAAAAACAUAAACGUGGUUUAAUCACCGGCAGAAGGCGAUGCUAUGUAUAUUUCGACCAGUUACACUUUCUGAAAGAAACAGUUAUGAUUACCACUAAGAGACGAUUUGUAGAUACUGCAGACGAUGAUAAUGGCAGUGUUACUAAUCAAGAAAUGGGACUACCAUCAAGUUCAGAUGACGCACCUGUAAAGAGAUUAAAAAAUGAUAAAAAGAUUGAAAGAAACAAAGCGAGAGAAGUGGUAAUACCAAAUAAAAUAAUGGAGCAAGAUUGUGAUGUUAUUGAUGAAAGAGAUGAAGACAGAUUAUUCCUUCUAUCCUUGGUGAAGGAAUUUAAAAAGAUUCCCGAGGAAAGGAAAAUGGAUGUGAAAUGUGAAAUAAUGAGUUUGAUAAGAGAUGUUCAAAUGACCCCUGUAAACUGUGCAGUAAAAAAGGAAGAGGACACUGAAUCAAUAUACAUAGAGGAAAAUAUACUUUGACGCUUAAAGUUACAGUAUUUAUGACUUAUAUUGAAUUCUAAAAAGAUUGCAAAAAAAAGAAAUCUGAAACCAAAGUGAAAAUGAAGAGAUGACUGAUAUGUAUAAAUUAAUCUGUUUAGAUAAUAAAACAGUAGUCUGAGAACAUCUUUAGAAGAGCACCACGCCCAUUAGUGGGACAAUAACAUAUUAGAUUUAUAUAUGCACGUAAUCUGUUGUAAUAUAACUUCAUGAAAAUGUAAAAAAAUAAUAACUGACUAUAAGAUAGUCAGCUGAUGUGAAAUAGUGAUACAAGUAAAAAAAAAAAUGAUUAAAUUUAUCGAUUAGUCCCUAAUCUCAUUUAGAGAGUGGUUCUAUGAUAAUUGCAACAAAAUUUGGUUACUUUUUCAUUAAGUUAUAUUAAAAAAGACUACAUGCAUGGAAACAAAACAAAAUGUUAUAGUUUUUAUAUUAUUAUUAAAGUUAAUUUUUUAAAUAAUCUAGAUAUAUCAUA